ACGGUGUAACCCUCCCACUUCCGGCUUGUACAUGGUGUUUAUUCUGUAGUAAAACGUAACAGUGGAGGAGAAGUAACAGAAAAGAAGGUGGAUUGAAAAGAAAGGCAUUUUGGAAGAUAUGGAGUUUAGUUUUUAGGUUUACGCAGUUCCAGUAAAUUUCUUCGCGCAGCACCGAGUUUGUUUGAAUUUGCAUAUUCUUCCGGAAGUUAGCGAACUAGCCUCGUCGAGGUAGCGAGCUAUAUCACAGCUAGUUCCUUACAAAUCCUCGUAGCGAGAUCUUUUUCAUCUUAAUCCCCGUGCUAAACGUUGUGUUCGCUUUGUCAGUGCAGGAUUUGUUUAGCUAGCUGAACCAGAGCCAGUGGAUUAGCAAUGGCCGACCUGCUGACGGUUUACGACGACGGAGAGUCCAACACGUUCAUAGACUGCACGAUUUGUGACAAAAGAAUACGUGGGGAAACAAACUAUAAGAUCCAUUUGACCACUUUGCAGCAUCUGAAGAGGGAGAGAGCCCUAGCUGAUAAGGGCAUUAUCCCCAAACCAGCCCCAUUGCCACAAUGGACCAGUAUCAAAGAGUACUUGACAUACCUGAACCUUAAUGAACCCAUAAUUGGACUAGGUGACCUGGUACAGGAGGAGGAUUUUUUCUCAAAUGAUGGCAGCAGCCUGUUGCGGUACAGGUGCAGACUGUGUACAGUGCAAAUGGACCUCUGUGACAUGGCCACUCAUGUGGUGGGUCGCAGACACCGGCAGAAAUACUUGGAGCGGCAUAGGCCAGACUUAGUGACAUGGGAAAAGACUUCAGAGAAGCAAGCAGGUGUUGUUGCGAGGGCUAAAGCUGCAAUAGUAGAAAAGCAAGAGGGAUGGGGAAAUCCAGUGCCACUCAUGAGAUCAGAUAAAGGAAGAUCGAUGAGAAAUCGAGAAGCAGCACAAGACCGUCCGUCUUAUCUUCAAGGAAGAGCCUCUUCUGGGCAAGACAGGAGAGAGCAAGACUUCUACAAUCAAUCAUAUAUGGAGGAUGAUUCUUACGGGAGGCCAUCUCAUUAUCGUGAGGAUAACCAGUAUGACCAGUCAUAUAGAGAUGAUGUCUCUCAACACCCGUCCAGUUCAGGGGACAACCGAUAUGAUGCACCAUAUUCUCAAGAUGACAGGCAGAGAACGUCCUAUGGAGAGAGAGAUUCCAUGGAAAGGUCUUAUUGGGAAGAUGACAUGAACAUAAGGACUUUUCCAGGUGAUGGAACUCAAGAUGGACGAUAUAUGGACAAAGGCGUUCCAAAGUCUUAUAACGAUGAAUGGUACCCAGAAACAAAUGCCAGCAGAGGAUCAUACAAGAGUAGAGAAGACGAUGAUUAUUAUCAUGGCAACGUUUCAGAAGACAGGUUCGGUAAGUCAGGAACGGAAUAUCCAGAGGGUGGGAGGAUGCAAGAGCCGAUGUACACGUCACACCAUGGAGCAGGACCUAGCAUGGAUGAAAGGCAGCGGCAGAGCAGGAACUUGCCGUAUACAGAGAAAGGAAGAGAAUGUUUCCAGGAUAUUGAUGAAACUGGAAGACAUGGGUCUUUUGAGAUGCAAGACUACAACAAAAGACAAAGGUACUUCUCAUCUGAAGACACCAUGCCUGCGAAAAAGAAAAGGAAGAGCAGAUUCUCUGAUGCCUCACCACUAGAGAUGGCACUUGCACAGAAGAGCCAAAUUGAUGACAUGAUUUCAAACUACAAACAGAAAGGAAGAGCAAUUCCCACAAAGAAUCAGGUCUCUGGAAGCAACAUGGAUUCAGCAGUAACUCCACGUAUGGAAAAUGUUUUGGAUGUGCUGAAUGACAUCCAAAUUGAGAAUGUGCAAGAAGCUAACUUCUUGAAGGAUAAGUUAUGCACCCUUCUUAAAGAGUUCCAAUCAAAUAAAGUUCAGCGCACUCCGGGCCAGGUUUCACACACUUCCAUAGAUUUUACAGACAGCUAUCACGGUAGUAACAAAAUGGAGCAUCGCAGAGAUAUGCCGGAGAUGAGACGUUUAGAUGACCAAGGCUUUCAGGAGCCUGCAAGAUACGAUCGUGACUUGCAGGGCCCCAGGGAUUAUUUUCAUGCGAGGCAUGCUGAAGAAGAUCCAAAAAGCAUGAGGCAUAACAGAGGUCCUGAAGAACCUAAAUAUCAGUGGGAUCCUUAUAGAGAGGCCUCAGCUGGCCGAUCUGAAGAACGCAUGGCUCGCCAUUCAGAUGACAGAAGAGGUUACAGAGAGGGUGCUUGGAAUUCCAGAACUCUAAGAGAGGAAGAAAGGCUCUAUGCUGAGGAACGUCAUUAUCAGCAUGACUAUCGUUCUGGUGGAGAUCUCUACGACCCGUUUGAGCCUUCAUCAUCCCCACCUUUGGAAACAGGCUCCUCCACUCUUGACAAGCUUGCCUCUACACUUCUGGAACUGGUGGCACGCAAAACCAAUUAAAUGCACCCUUUGAAUCAGUGUGUUCAGAAAUAAUGUGUAGUAAUUAUUUGGUCAUUCAGUGUUUGUAUUUGUUAGUUUAACCCUUGAAAAACUUUUAAAGAUAAGAUGACCCCAUUUGUGUGCAUUUGUUUUAUAUAGUUUAUGUCGUCUUGAUGGGUGUAAAAAAAAAAAAAAAAUUUGUGGUAAUAAACAAUUUUUUGUUCUUCA